AUGACACCACUAAUUGGGGCUAUUGGUGUCGUGGAUGGUCAAGCAGGGUCCUCACCCUCCCAUCCAACCUCGCCCGAACACGAUGCGAAGUACUAUGCCGGAUCUAUGUCAGGCCCUGGGAUUUCAGAGGGAGCCUCCCAGGCUUCUCCACAAGUCCAACCAUCCAUUGCAGAUGCCUCAGACUAUCAUCCUCACCUUUCAGACCCACCGGCAGAUUGGGAGCGCAGGAGACUGAGUUUGGGGGGUUCGCCGGGUUUAGCUGGGCCGCUGCGCAAUUUGAACAUCUCCUCCAAUGAGCCUAAACGAGAGCUACCAUUUGCACAUAUGCGCCUCCAUUUUGAAGAGUUUGCUGCACAAUUAAGGUUGCGAAGACACCAUGAACAUCGAAAACGAAUUUUAUCUAGCAGAAGGACGCAUCUUCGAAAUGCUGUGGCAUUAAGUGCCCGCUUACACCACGUGGGCUCUUGGACGCAUGUAGGACUGGUGCAAAUAUCAACGCUGGGCGAUACCUCGGGUUUCUCUCGAGUGCACCAGCAUAUGCAGGAUUUGGUUGACCUGUGCCUCUCCCAAUGGACUCAUGAAUCUCAGGCUUUGAACUUGCCAUCCUCGCGGGGUUUGGGGGAGCAGGGCUCAUUUCUUUCCAGACUGCAACAAGCAAAUCGUGUGGACUGCCUGGAACUUAUCUCGACUCUGCGGGCCAAUCCAAGGUUUCUGGUCGAGAAGUUUAAGGCCAUGUCUCCGGCUCAAAUUUCCGCAUUGUCUACUUUCCCAAGGUUUUCAAAGCUACCGGAAUCUGUGUUGUCAUCGCUGUCACAAAAUCGAGGACGGCAUUCUCAACGAAUGCGAGUUCAAGCUUACUCGAAAGAGCUCGAAGAAUAUGCUUCAUCCUUUGAGAGGUCUAACCCCCUUUCAUUUCUUCUUCACAACAUCUAUGGUACGAACGAUGAUGUAGGAAGUAAUGAGAGUCAAUUGCGGAUAUCGACAUGGUCUUCGAUUUGCGCCAGUCUGAUAAUGGAGGCUGAACCCGCCUACCAUGCGAUAAUAAGCCAUGUUUUAUUCGCCUUUGCCUCACUCUACCAAUGGCAAAUCAAAGAUCGUCUAGAGUUGUUUCUGAUGAAGAUUUUGCAGGAAGGUACUUUUCUUUUGGACCGACCUGAAAGUUCGGCUUCAACAUCUCACUUCGGAUUCGUUGGCAAUUUCGACACAUUUGGCACACCACAGGCGCAAGAAUUCUUCGAUAACGCAGUCAAAGACCUUUUAUUACUACUAACUCGCGAUGACGGGAUUCCUCCUGGUGCACUCCAUCUCGGUCGUGCUAUAAUGUCCAAGCUUCCUACUGAAGAACUCCAGUUAAGAUUUCGAGGGGACUUCAUUUUCAAAUGGUUCAUGAGGGACUUCUUGCGUAUUGCCAUUGAGUUUCCUGAGGACGAGAGAAUGCUGCUCCAGUUCCAUAUUAGUGAUAAAAAGCGAGAAUCACUCCUACACCGUCUCUAUGAUCGGACUUCCAGUCAGGCAGGGGAAGUCUAUGCUCCAGUACAAUCUCAACCGGUUGAUCCUGCAGUUCACUAUUAUAUGGACCUACUUAUCGAUCAAAUCCAUGCAAAUGAUCAAUACCCCAAUCCCUAUGAUAUUGUGGGUUCAUCGAAAUCCGGCAACUCGUCAUACUCCGCAUCAUAUCUGUCAAUCUGUGCGGCAGACAUUACUCACGUCCUGGACGGGUUGAGCCCACAAUACAUCCACACUUCGAGCACCUGGGACUCAUUCCUCAGUUCAUCACAUUCAGCUUUCAGCAUGCAAUACACGACUUCGCGUACCAGUGGCCGGUUUGAUCAGCUCCGUCAAGUCCUUCUUGCCAACAUGGAGCCUGGACAGUCGUCCAAAAACCUUCACCCCUGUGAAGAAAACUGGGUCACACUAACGGUCUCUGCCACGGGUCAUCUUCAGGAGCUUGAAGAUUCUUGCGAUACUCCGUACAAAGCGUUGGAUCUUCUCAAAGACCUCGACACUGCCCAGGAGGCUGCAGUCAGUCUAGUGGAGGGGCUGACGAUUGCAGAUCAGUGUACGAUGACACAUAUAACGAACCUGGAGUAUUCUUUGUCUCAAAAGUUCGCGAAGGAGCAGAACAUUGCUCAAGUCAAAGCGGACAGCGUCAGAGCAAUGUAUUGGUACACAGCACAAGAAUUUUUGCAAUCACGUUACCCGAUUACUUGCCUGACGGGAGACGAUACAAAAGUCCUUGCACCGAUGGUUAGCACGCUAAAAGACUCUGAUACUCGAAUUUCAAAAGACAUCAUUCAAUUGGAAGAGGAAGUCGCAAUCUUGGAAUCAUCCUUUGCGACAGCUCGUGCCAGAUUGACAGCUUUGAUGGAGGGGGUUGAUAACCUCCGAGUCAAGACCUGGUACGCUGUGGAUGUUGUGCUUUCAAAAGAAUACGCAGCGGCAAAGCUCGUCUCGACUGCUUUGAGUAAUAUGGAAAGCUCGAACCUCUGGACAUCUAUAUUCCAAGGAGAGGGAAGAGAGCCGACAGGUCUGAGUCGACCUAGUACCUCAGGGACCUCGACAUCAUCAUUUCUCGAUAAGCCUCUAGAAGAUACCAUGUCUAUUCUCAAAGCACGCAAAAAGUAUGGCGGGCCCAGAAAACUAUCCGACGACCAGAUCAAGCUGACGAAGCAAUGGCUCGAGCAGGCGCGGGUGGACAAUUUCUGCAAGGGUGAAGAGAGAAUCCACCGCUUCUGUAUGAUGAUCAUAACAGCCACAGAUGAGCUGGUAGGUGAAACGAUUUCCCUUCGCAAGACCCCUGUGCUGUCGGUGAGUAAGCUCUUCGCGCGGGAGACAGCACUUUACGAUGAACAGACGAGUGUAUUCUACAGUGCACAACCAAGUACCCGAGCGCCCAGCGUGAUGAGCGAGCCUCUUUCCUCGUCAAAUCCUUUCUCAACCCAACUUGGAUUGCUGAACCAUCGUUCGUCGCUCUACAGCCAGUCAUCGAGUCGGGCACAGAGUGAUUUUUCAUCUAUGAUCAGCUCGCCCGGUCGUGCACCCACUGUCACUUCAUUCGACACGGGAAACACCAUAUUUUCACCCCCACAAUCGAAUACUAGAUCCGUUACGUCCAUCUCGUCCCGAUCGCGCCCUGCUUCUGCCUUUGAGGGAGUUAGCUUAGGACGGUCAAUCGAUCACGGUGUGGGAAAGUCGCAAUUUCUAGAGAGUCUCAAAGAGAAGCUUACCUGCCUGUUACUAUCAGACCUUGGUUGUCUUGUCUGGAGCCUUGGCAGUGAGACUGACGCUUGGCUGAGUACGGUGAGAGCUAGGCAAUGUGUGAGGGACCGACUUAGGCAGAGGGCAGUCAUGGCUACUCUGAUGGCUGAGCCGGAACCGUUGAGCAACGCUAAGCGAACGAAAGGCCGAACUACAGGACAAACAAGGAAAAGAAGUCAAAGCACCGCACCAGCCACCAAAGCAGCUCACGCCAGUUUUUCGGACCCGAUCGAGGCCAUUCUUAAUGAUGAAAAUGAGCCGGCGGAUCCGACCAAGUUCACAUAUCGACAGGCGUUCGAAGACAUAUUGGCAAGAAUCCGUCAGCAGGUGGAUCCAAACCUCAAGCUGAAAGCAGUAUGGGAUUUCCGACAACUGGCGUUGACGUUCCAGAGAUCAUUGGCCGUCAAGCCAGAAUUUGAUGGGGAGUGGGGAGAGGUUCCACGCCGUCGAAGUCUGAAUCCAAGUGUCUUGAGCACUAAUCUGGAGCGAUCAUUCAAGAAAGCCACAGCUAGGAUCGGUGAUGCCAACACUCAAAGCACCGAGGAGUUGGAAACAGCAAAAUUCUUGAAGCGGCUCUUGCACGUGUUGGGUCCACGGACGAUCUUCCGAGACCUCCAAUACAUCUCAGCGUUCGUGUCUUCACAAACGAUAGGCAAUACUGAAACAGGACGAGCAUUUUACCAUGUUGGAGUGGCGGCUUUGGCAUGGAAGGAUGAGAUCUGUUGUGGAAUGGUUGAUGUGGCUGAUAGUAUCGUGGUCAAGAACUCGAGCAAAAACCCAAUGGUUGGCGAAGGAGAGAAAGAGACGGCUAUUAUUAAAGCAGCAGAAUACUGGAUGAUCGCCGCGCGGGAGGAGAAUGCCAUCGCCCAACGAGAACUGGCCAGUCUAUACUUGACGUCCCCGGAGAGCACACCCAUCGUGACUAUGCCACUGGCACGGGAAAAGGACGUCUUCAAAGGCGGGAUGAUGUCAACCGAACAAAGUGACGGAGCAGCAGGGCAUAGCAGUCAAGCCUUGGAUCUUGCUCUGUACUGGAUGCAACUGGCAGCCAACAACGGCGAUACGGUGGCCAAGAUGAAAUUAAACGAGUGGCAGGCAGGUCGUCCAGGUCGAUGA